CCUGGUCAGCUUGGACAUUUGGCUUCUGUCAACAUGAAGGCUCUCCUUAUUCUGGGGCUUCUCCUCCUUUCCGUUGCUGUCCAGGGCAAGAAAUUUGAGAGAUGUGAGCUUGCCAGAACUCUGAAGAAAUUUGGAUUGGCUGGCUACAAGGGAAUCAGCCUGGCAAACUGGAUGUGUUUGACCUAUGGAGAAAGCCGUUAUAACACACAUGUUACAAACUACAAUCCUAGAAGCAAAAGCACUGAUUAUGGGCUAUUUCAGAUCAACAGCAAAUGGUGGUGUAAUGAUGGCAAAACCCCAAAAGCAGCUAAUGGCUGUGGCGUAUCCUGCAGUGCUUUGCUGAAAGAUGACAUCACUCAAGCUGUAGCAUGUGCAAAGAAGAUUGUCAGUCAGCAAGGCAUUACAGCAUGGGUGGCAUGGAAAAACAACUGUAAAAACCGAGAUCUCACGAAUUAUGUUAAGGGUUGCAGAGUGUAACUGUGGAAUGGAGUUUUCGUCUUCAGCUAAUUUUGUCUCUUUUUCAUAUUAAGGAAAUAAUAGUUGAGUAAAAGGCUAUACUACCACUCUUUCAAACAUAUAAUGUUUUUACAGAAGCAGGAGCAUGUGGUCUUUCUUCUAAGAGGCUUGAUGUUUACCUCACUUGUUUAUUGUUUGAUAUUAGGCCUACAACUUUUUUCAGCUUGCUAACAGAACUAAUGCUGGUGAAUAUUUGUCUAAAAUCUUCAUUAUCAAAUGUAUCUCUAGUAAAUUUAGUUCUUUUUUUUUUUUUUUUUUAUUAGUUGGAGGCUAAUUACUUCACAACAUUUCAGUGGGUUUUGUCAUACAUUGAUAUGAAUCAGCCAUAGAUUUACACGUAUUCCCCAUCCCAAUCCCCCCUCCCAGUAAAUUUAGUUCUUAAGCAAAGGGAUAACCCAGACUUAAUCUUGAAUGAUAUAAGUACUCCCCAAUAUUCAACAAAAUAUAACAAAAGAAUAUCUUUAAGCAAAUUGAUCUUAGGCAAAGUUCCACCUGUGUAGGCAUGUGAACUCUCAUCUGUUCAUUCAAAAAGAGCAGAACAUCAAAUGGCUAAAAAUGAAAACAGCUCAAUGAAGAAUUUUGUUUUCUUAAGUGUGACCUUUGGUUUAAAUGUUUUAGUAGAAAUGCUGCAUUUACACAGCUUUUUAAAAAUAAACUCCCAAUUUAUACAUCAGCCUAUUUUAGCCUUUGCAAAGAACUCAUUUAUGCAUCCUGCUGAUCCUGAAGGAAUAUAAAGAAGGAUUAGAUGAGCUGUUGAUUUUCCUUAGUUUUAUUAGCUUAAAUUCAUGCAUUAUGACUAAAUUCAGAGGCAGAUGAGUUUGCAAGCAUUGAAUAAAUUGCUAUUAAACCUAUGUGAAAAUAUGCAUGUUGUAAAAGAAAAACAUUUUCAUUAAAAGCUUUGCAAUUCA